UAAACAAACAGUUUAGGUUUGUUGUUUCUCUGCUUGUUUAGCAGUUGUAAAUUUUGGGCGUUGGCUGUGUUUUUGGUUCUCUGUUGUGCUACAUGAUUUUGAAAACUUGCAUUUUUUUCUUGUUAAUUCCAUGAAGGUUUGUUGUGAUAAAGUUUUUGAGUAGUGUUACAAGAAGUGUUCAAAAUAUUGUUUGGCGUAUGUGUAGUUGAAAUGGAAUUUGAAGAUUGUUACACUAGUGAUCAAAAGAGUUUGUGCAAGAAAUUGUUAAACUCCUUCAUUCAUUUUCAAGUCCAUCCACAUGAAAGAAAGAUCCGGCUUGCUCUAACACCACCCAUCAAUGUCAAAGUAUCAUUGAACUUGACAAUUCUUCACGGACCUUGCACCAUCAGCUGUGAGGGAGACAUUAACAGCUGUGAUAUAAUCCCAGAGAAUGAUUUCUGGCCUGACACAACACACCCCUUCUAUAUCAACAACUGCAUACCUUCACACAACUACUGUGUCACUGCUUCAAUUGGAGAAUGCUGUCCCAUUUGUACAAAUUCUGUUUUUAUGGAAGAUAACCAGAAGGAGUAUUACGACGAAGAAGGUUGGCAGUGGAGUACUAUGAUGGCAUUAGUAAUAAUACUCAUCAUUAUUUUACUUUCAUUCUGUUUUGUAGCUGUCCUGAAGAAUUAUUUCAUAAGAGGACAUGAGUAUUCAAGAGGGAACACUCAAAACAUGGAACGUCAGUUUACACAACAUAUUUUGGACAUAGAAAACAACCGUAAAAGUGUUCAGUUGGUUUGUUUUUAUUUGCGAGAAAGCAACCAACUAUAUGUUGAUAUGGUGAAAUCAGUGCAGGAAUUCCUCAGGGGAAAAGGUAUAAAUGUGAUUGACAUUUAUGAUGAAGAAGAAACCAUAAACUGUUCCAUUUCUAAUUGGGUUCACAAUGUUUUAAAGAAAGAAAAAGCAAAAGUAUUAAUUUUUGAUUCGGAAAAUAUUCAACAGCUUUGGAACGGUACCAUGGAUAGAGGCAGGAUUUUAAAACCUCUCGAACAAGUUAUCUAUUUUACUAGAACAUACAUACCAAUCACUAAUGUUCAUAAUUACUUGUUUGUUGUCAGAUUUCAGGAUAAAGACUAUGAUCAUGAGAGAUUUGUAGAUCUAAGUGAUGGAAGGUGUUAUGUGUACCCAAUACACAGAGAAAGACUUGCUGGUGAUAUUAAGUUAUAAAAAAAAUCAAGGAAGUAGGAAUCCUGGAAUCAAUUUAAGGAAUGUCUGUUUAUCUCUGCUAAAAAAAUUCUUAUGUAUAUUAAACCUUCUUGGGGUUAAAUACCACAGAGGAUAGACACCAGAUAUAAAAGAAAUGAAGUGUAUGAGACCUGUCCAGUGAACUGCAGCCUGCAAGGAGCUAAUGUUUAACAGCCAUGUAAAUAAUAAGUUUCUCUGAGAUCUCAAUAAAUAUAAGUAAGUUAUCAGA